CUACAAUCAAAAUAUGCCACACGCUAAAAUCUUGGCACCCAACACUUUAUAUUUCGCUUUCCGAAUUAUCAGCCUCGCGCUCAUCUGCUUAUUUGUUAAUGAAGCAUUAUAAAAAUAGAAAUAACCAAUUUCCCUUUUCUCUUUUAUUUCUCUUUACUUUCUCUUUUUUAAAAAAACAAACUAUGGCUGUCGGAAAGCUUACCGUUGCUCCAGUUACUGCACGAGGACUUGCUCAUAUUGAAGGCGCCAAACUUUUUAUUGGCUGCUUUCUUCAUGAAUCAGAAAAGCACAGAACACAUUCGGUUGAUGGCCCCGAACCUAUGUGGUCGAAUAUCUUGACAUGUAAUGUGUCUGAAGGUCAAAAGGUCUUGACAGUUGAAUUGGUCAAUGAAAGUCCCAACAGAGGCGGUCUUCUUGCCUAUGGUAAAGUUGAGCUAGACCAAGUCUUCAACCAAGGUACUGCAUCAAAAUGGGUUGCAUUAACUUCGGCUGCUAAUGGUCAACCUUUUGGUGAGCUCAAGUUGGAUUUAUCCUUUAAUGGUUCAAAUACUAUUAGCUCUGUCACUUCAUCUUUUGGUAAUAUGAACCUGGCUGGUGGUCAACAAGUAUCUUACCAACAAAGUACCACUCAAACUAAUACUUCCCAUCACUUUGGAUCAGAGAGCCGUCAAAGCUCCUACUCUUCCCUUGGCCCUGCUAAUCCAAUCCCCGAGAACUAUGGUGCUGGCAAUCCUCCUCCUUUUACACCACCUGCUCCUGUCUCAUAUGGUGCCGAUAGUGGUGGAAUGCCUUCACCUGUUGGAAGCGGUAUCAAUACAGAAAAUAUGACUAAAGAAGAGUUUGAAGAAGCCAAGGCCAGAGGAAAGAUUCCUACCUGGAUGAAAUAUGGUGGUGGUGUCCUGGCUGGUGCUGCUGCUAUUGGCUUAACUGCUUGGGGAGCUCAUGAAUUGAAAGAACACUUUGAUCAAAAGAAAGAAGAAGAAGAAAAGAAGCAUAAAUACGAUCAAAAGCCGCCUAUGAUGCCUACUAUGCAUCAUCAACCUCAAAAUUUACCCUACAAAAUUGAUAAUCAUCAAUACCAAGCACCUCCUGUUGAAAAACACCAUAGUUCUGGUGCCAAGUCUGAGCAUAAAGAGAAAAAGAAGGAAAAAGGAGAAAAGAAGAAAAAGAAGAAAGAAAGAAGAGGAUCGCACUCUAGCUCAUCUUCAGACUCUUCUUCCUCAGAUUCUGACUCUGAUUCUAGCCAUAAGAAGAAGAACAAGCAUAAGGAUAGCCAUUGGAAAUAGAUUUUUUUUGUGCAUUAAUAAACAAGCUAAUCUGGUCCAAUCAGAAUUUUAUCUUUUUCUUUC